AUGUCCGCCGUCGCUCCCCGUCCCGUCCCCGUCGCCCUCAUCGGCCUCGGCGGUGUCGGCAAGGCCAUCCUCCAGCAGCUCCUCUCCCCUCCCCUCUCGAACAAGUUCAACCUUGUUCUCAUCGCCAACUCGAAGCUCUCCCUCUCCCUCCCCCUCCCCGAGGGCCAGCUCAGCCCCAACAACUUCCUCCCCAUCCUCGAGCAGCACGGCAAGCCCCUCGAUGUCUCGUCCGUCAUCUCGGUGCUCCAGACCCACCCCGACGGUAACGGUGUCCUCAUCGACUCGACUGGCUCGGACGCCAUCCCCUCCCUCUACCCCACCAUCCUCGGCAUGGGUGUCAACCUCGUGACCCCGAACAAGAAGGGCUUCUCGGGCGACCAGUCGCUGUACGACCAGAUCCAGUCGCUCACCUUCCCCAACUCGUCGACCCUCGCUUACGGCGAGUCUACCGUCGGCGCCGGUCUCCCCAUUCUCUCGACGCUGAAGGACCUCGUUGAGACUGGCGACGAGAUUGAGAAGAUCGAGGGUGUCUUCUCCGGAACCCUCUCGUACAUCUUCAACGAGUACUCGAAGCCCGAGGGCUCGGACGUCAAGUUCUCCGACGUCGUCAAGGUCGCCAAGGACUCCGGCUACACCGAGCCGGACCCCCGUGACGACCUUUCGGGCACCGAUGUCGCGCGCAAGCUCACCAUCCUGUCUCGUCUUGUCCCCGGCGCCCCCAAGCUGGAGAAGGGUGCCUUCUCCGUCCCGACCCAGUCGCUCGUCCCCCCCGCCCUCGAGAACGCCAAGGACAAGGAGGACUACCUGAACCGCCUCCCCGAGGGCGAUGAGUACUUUGCCAACCUCCGCGCCGAGGCCGAGAAGGAGGGCAAGGUCGUGCGCUACGUCGGUGUCAUUGACAUGAAGACGGGCAAGGUCGAGUGCAAGCUCGGCAAGUACGACAAGGACCACGCGUUCGCGACCGCCCUCAAGGGUUCCGACAACAUCAUCUCCUUCUCCACCAAGCGCUACUCGCCCCGCCCCCUCAUCAUCCAGGGCGCCGGCGCCGGCGCCGAUGUUACUGCCAUGGGAUGCACCUCGGACCUCCUCAAGAUCUACGAGCGCGUCCGCACCCUCCCCACUCCCGCCAAGACUGCCUAA